AUGUCUUCAUCAUUCUUCUUAAAAGGUAAAUCAAGACAAAUACGAAAGAGGAAAGGCGAAAAAAUAAAGAAAAAACCUUCAAAAAAACAGAAUGCUCCUAACCUACAAAAUGGUCACGAAUCUUCGGAUAGUGACUUGAAUAUCAAGAAGUUUUCAGACGUAGAAGAUUCCGAAAGCGAUCAAGAGACUGCUGAGCAAAAGAAGUUGCGUUUAGCUAAGAAAUAUUUGGAGGAAAUUGAAAGGGAAGAAGCCAAAAGAACAGAGUUGAAAGAACUUGAUGAUGCGGUCAAGAAACGUUUACAAAAGGAUUAUUUAGAGCAAAGGGGUAAACUGCACGUGGACGUCGCUGACACGAUAUCGUCGGCUGCCAUCGAUGUUAGACUGAUUCGCGCGAAGGAGCAUAGGUUAACCCUCACGUGUGUGUGCAUUAGCAACAACGGGGAAUUCGUAUUUAGCGGAAGCAAAUGUGGUAGCGUCAUCAAGUGGGGCGUCAAAGAGAAAAAGAAACUGGGCUGCCUAACCUAUAAAACUCACUCAAAUUUUCUGAAACGCAGUAUAACCUCUAUAGCUGUAACUACAGAUGCAAAAUAUUUGGCUACCUCUGACGAGUCUCCACACAUUCAAAUAUGGGAUCCUAAUACAUUGAAACAUGUGCACACUUUCAAAGGACAUAAAGACAAUGUCACUGGUUUAGUUUUCAGGAAAAACACUCAUGAUUUAUAUUCAGCUAGUAAAGACCGAUCUGUUAAAAUUUGGUCAUUGGGUGAGAUGGCAUACGUUGAGACUCUGUUUGGACACCAAUCUUCAAUAACUUCUAUAGAUGCUCUCGCCAAGGAAAGAGCCAUAACAGCAGGAGGCAGAGACACGUCAGUCAGAAUAUGGAAGAUAGUUGAAGAGUCUCAACUAAUUUUCAAUGGACCAACGGGAAGUUUAGAUGAAGUAAAACUACUUGAUGAAGAUCACUUUGUGUCUGGAAGUGACAAUGGCUCCCUAUGUGUGUGGAGUAUAUUGAAGAAGAAGCCUUUGUGUAGUGUUUCUGAAGCCCAUGGUUCAGAAAAUGGAGUUCCACGCUGGAUUGCUAGCUUAGCUACAAUUUUAAAUUCCAAUGUUUUUGCUUCUGGAUCCUAUGACAAUAGUAUCAGACUAUGGAAAAUUUGCGAUAAUUAUCACAGGAUUGAACCUUUGUUAAGCAUAGAAGUAAAUGGUUUUGUUAAUGGGAUGCAGUUCACAAGUGAUACUAUGCAAUUGUAUGCAGCUGUGGGUCAGGAACAUAAAGCUGGACGAUGGUUUAGAACAGGAAGUGCCAAAAAUGGACUGCUAGUUGUUAGUUUAAGUUUUAAAUCAUAACUAAAGUUUAAGUUUUGAAUAUUAAUAUAGUAAUUUGAUUACAUUUUGCCUAUUUUUACAACAUAUUAUUUGAUAG